AUGUCCGCCGUGGCGCGGCUCUCCAUUGUUUUAAUCGACCGCCCCAAUCGCAAUCCGGCAAUCAAAUCCCUCGGAUUUUCCCUCCACAGCCACCGGUACGCUGCCUCCGACCCUGUACAACGCCGGAAAAGUCGAUGGUCGUCCGCCGCCGUCACCUGCUCCGCCUCAAACGGCCCGUCUUCCUCCGAGAUCAGUUCCACGGCCAAAAUACGAAGUGAAGUCCUCUCUCCCUUCCGAUCAUUCCGCAUGUUCUUUUACCUUGCAUUUGUAGCAAGUGGGUCACUCGGAGGACUCAUUGCCCUUUCCCAGCUGAUCGGGGCCCUAUCCAACCCGUCUAGGGCAGCCCAAGUACCCGAGAUCCUCAACGGGUUAGGCAUAGAUUUGGGAGCUGUCUCCAUUUUCGCGUUUCUUUAUUACAGGGACAACAAUGCUAAAAAUGCUCAGCUGGCCAGACUCUCGAGAGAGGAGAGCCUCUCGAGCCUCAAGCUCCGUGUGGAUGAGAAGAGGAUCCUUCCCCUGAGUGCUUUCAGGGGGAUUGCUCGUCUGGUUGUCCUCGCGGGGCCUGCCUCGUUUAUCGAGGAGUCUUUCAGAUUGAGCGAACCUUUCUCUGCAGGGCUUAUCGAGAGAGGGGUUCUUGUUGUGCCGCUUGCUACCGAUGGGAAUUUGCCUGAUUUCAAGUUGCAAGAAAAUGGGGAGAUUGAUGUGAAGAGGAAAAGGCUGUGGCAGUUGACACCUGUGCUUGCUCCUGAAUGGAACAAGUGGUUGGAUGAACAAAAGAAACUGGCUAAUGUCUCCCCUGAAUCUCCAGUUUAUUUGUCCCUGCGUAUGGAUGGACGUGUUCGGGGCAGUGGAGUUGGUUAUCCACCUUGGAAUGCUUUUGUUGUGCAAUUGCCGCCCGUCAAGGGCAUUUGGUCCGGUCUUCUUGAUGGCAUGGAUGGAAGAGUUUUAUGA